GUGAGUCGUGCGUGGACCUGGUGAACCUGGCGAGUGGUGCGUGAACCUGGCGAGUUGUGCAUGAAUCUGGCAAGUCGUGCGUGAGCCUGGCGAAUCGUGAACCUGACAAGUCGUGAACCUGGUUUGGCCGGGUCCGGGAUGAGCAGCAGCUACGGGGCUCAGCAGCACUACUGUCUGCGCUGGAACAACCACCAGCACAAUCUGCUAGGGGUGCUGGAGGCGGUGCUCACAUCCCAGCAGUAUGCAGACGUCUCUAUCUUCUGUGAAGGUCAUGUCUUGCGGGUGCACAAGCUGGUGCUGCUGGCCUCCUCGGCCCACUUCGAGCGCAUCCUGCAGGCGUCGCCGGAGGGCCAGCAGCCUGUCAUUAUCAUGGACGGCACCAGGUAUGCUGAUCUGCGGGCACUCGUAGACUACAUGUACCGUGGAGAGGUCAACAUCGAACAGGACCAGCUCUCCUCCCUGCUCAAGACGGCAGAGACGCUCAAGAUAAAAGGGUUGGCAGAUGUAGCGAGCAAAGAGGAAGAUGAUGGAGGAGGAGGAAAAGAGCGCCUUCGGGAGGGUAGUGGGUCAUCAUCGACGCCUCCACCAACCAAGAGACCCAAGCCCUCUCCUGUGGACACAGCCCUCAACUUGGAAGCACGGGAGCAGCGACCACCUACCUCCAGGGACCCCCGCCCAGACAUGAGGGACAUGAGGGACCUACCGAACUUCAACAUGCCUGGUGGAUAUCCUCGCAGGCCUACCUCACCCUCAGGACCCUCGCUACCUACCUCAGCUUCCCUCACUCCUGCGAGAUCUUUCCUCUACUCCUCCCCUCUUAUAUCGCGCACCUCCUGCAAGAGUCCUGGUCCUGCUCUGCAGGCACCGGGAUUCUUCCCUGGGGGUUUGGUGCGCCCACGGUCCCCACACCCUCAGUAUGAUCCCACAGCAAGCUCCAGUCUCCUGCCUCCACGAUCCUCGCCACAGUCACCGGCACCUGACACGAAGAUGGUCCAGCAGCUGGGCAGGGUCACACCGUUUGGACUGCCAUUCACUCUACCACUCCUCCAUGACUCCAAGAAGAUCUUGGAACGCAAUCCCCACAAGCUACACCCACCUCCCCACUACGACCACCACGAUGAAAAAGAUCGUUCUCUACCUGUCUGGCCCCCAAGGGGUGCCUCCGACCAUGACCUUGAACGGGAACGAGAGAGAGAACGAGAGAGAGAGCGAGAGAGAGAGCGAGAGAGAGAGCGAGAGAGAGAGCGGGAACGAGAGCGAGAAAGAGAACGGGAACGAGAGCGAGAAAGAGAUAGGGAACUAGAAAGGGAGCGUGAGAGAGAAAAUCAAAGAAUAUCGGAACAAGAGCAGGAACGAGAACGAGAGCAUGAAAGGGAACGGGAACGAGAAAGAGAAAGGGAACGAGAACGUGAACGAGAGAAUGAGAAACAGCAGCAACACCUUGAAGGAGGCGAGAGAGAGAUUAGUAACCAGGAGUUGGAACGACGGCAUGAAGACGACAAGUCUCUUAGUCCCAAAGACAAGGACAGUCUCUCCCCCUCAGAAGCAGACUUCAUCAUCAGUAAGACUGAGUUGCUGACACCAGAAGGGGAGGUGGCUGAUGAAGAUGAGGAUGGUGUGGUGGGUAAUGGGGGACGUGACAAUGGCACCUCGGAAAUCACCACCACUUCAUCCAUACAGCGCACCCUCUCCACCUCAUCCUCAGGAAACACUUCUACAGUUGAGCUGGUGAAGUGUCCGUACUGUCCUCGUUCAUACAGACACCAAAACAACCUAAGGACGCACAUCCGGUGUUUCCACAAAGGUGUAAGGAUCCCUUGCCCUAUCUGUCACCGUGGGUUCACUCGAUGGUUCACAGUGCGCUGCCAUAUUGCUCGGGAGCAUCAAAAUGUGGAUUUUUCGCGGCCUGAGGCUUUACCAGCCCAGCUCCGCCGUGCACUUUACCCUCCCUACCCAGAGUAGCUGUCAUCCUUCUUCAUCACUCCAGACUCCUUCCCUACACUGCCUACAGUUCCUGGACUGCAGAGCAAGUGGUUCCUCACCGUCCACGUAGACGCCCCUGGUGCACCCCACCAGCCCUCCUGCUGACUGCCUCAUCCUGGCCAUCACGUGCUACAGGACCAGUGGCAGGGUUUGAGCACAUGGGCCCAGCUGAUAUGAGCCUCAGUGUGGCAGUGAGUUUGGGUGCUACUUGGUGCUCUGUAUAGCUACAAAAUGUGGCAACACAGGCCGGUGGUGUCCAUUUGUGGCUAGGUGAAAGUUGACAGCUGAUAAAGGACCUGCUGAUUAAUUGCCAGCCUCCCCAGUGUUGAUGGUUGGCUUAGGUGAUGCUAGUGAUAGUCAGACUGUUGGACUCAUGUGUGGGUCUUUAGCUGUGCUUGUGAAGCACGCUAAACUGUGUUAUGUAUGGUCCAUGGCCGGUGUUAUUGUAGCUUAAAGUGUGCUAAUAUCAUAAUCCCAAUACCAUAGUAUAAGUGUGGAGUUGUCAUAUGGACCUUGUUAUUUGUAGGUUUUAUUUGAAAUGGUUAUAUUUUAUAGAAGAUUAAUCACAAAUCCAAGAAAGGGAUGGUAUGUUUUUUUGUUCAUAAUCUAGUGAAUGAUUUCUGGUGUGGGUGCCUUAUGCUCAACAAAGCAAGCAUGCACAAGAUGUUUGUAGAUGUACAGUAUUAUUUUUAUAGAUGCCAACAAUUUCCCUCCAGCAAAACACAAACAGUCAGAGCCAGGGAGUGGGGGUCCCUCAGGGCCUUGUCCUGCAAUGUAGCAGGACACUGGGCAGGGAGGACAUACUCGCUCCUUCUCUUCUCCAUUCUACUUAUUGUCUCAAUGUAGAAUGAUGCUUCAUUGUCUAAAGAUUUUGUAUAUUGUAUAUACUCUUCUGCCUCCCUGCCCUCAUAAUGCAGAAAACUGCAAGCAACAUAAGAACAAGAUGCUCAGGUAUCCAUGUUGGGUGAAGAACCCAUCCUCAUCUACCUCAUAAUUUGUAUCCUUCUAGUUGUUACAGCACCUUGCUAGGUCACUUAGGCUUUCAUCAUUGAAGACUACACACCUCACUAAGUAGCCAUUGUUAGUUUCCUGACUCUGUUGGAAAAAUCUUCCAGGUCAAACGUACAAAACUAAAUAACUAUAUUUUGUAUGAAGUAAUCUGGAAUUGCUAACAACCUUAGUAUAUUAGAAUUAUUGCAUACCAGUUCAUGAAAUAGUUACUUAGUGGUGAUAGAAAAGAAAACCCAUUGAGAUGGUAUCUGGGUUAAAAGGCAUAGAAAUAGUGAUACGUAUAUCAAGACUCUUAGCAAGUCAUACAACAAUAGUUUCAAGCUCUUCAGGGAUUUAUAUAACAAAAACAAACUCAGGAAGUAAGACGUGUAUCCAAUCCUUUUUAUAGAGGAUUACGUUUCUCUAUAGUCGCGGUCUAUACUCUACGAGAUGUGGUCAUUAUUAUGGUGUAGUCCAUAUGACCUUUACAUGUAGUUUGACUUUGCUCAAGGAUACAAUGCCUAACUCAUCCAACGACUCCGGUGAUAACGGUGCUCCAAUGCAGGUGUUUGUUUCUCCUUAAGAGACUUCAUAUUUAAUUUGUUAAUUAUUUUCACCGGCUGCUGUUCUGACAGGGCAUUAUUUAUCUCAGGACACAAGCAGUAGUAGUCCAUAGUUUCAGAGUUUAAUAGAUUGGUAAAUCAUUAACCUACCUAUAAUGCAAGAAUAGUUUUCUCAAUCAGUCUAAACAUUCCAGUGACCUCACUAGGGUUCACAUUGAUCUCUGGUGCGCCAGGUGUACAGCCUAGACAUAGGCACUAACCUGCACUCGGCAAUAUUUUUGCUAUUGUUCUGCAGGUUUUGUCUGUGUCGUGGAGAUCACAUUUGACAAUCUUCAUCUUUGAAAGGUUCUCUCAUUCUCUUAUGAACUUACCAUCUACACAUGAUUUUACACGAAAAACCUAAUAAGUACUUAAUAUACAUCCAGAAUAUUAAUAAUUAUACAAAAAUCUGAGACAUACAGUAAUGAAAUCAAAUGCAGCCUUGCGACAGAGUCACAAGGGAAGUGAUUGACCUAAGAAGCUAGAGGUUUUCAAUUCUCCAUGGCUGGCUUAAGUGUAUGCGGCUGAGGAGCUUUCAAGAAAACAAGUCACCUUGGCUCUGUAUUUUCUCGCAUUCCCCUCAUUAUCUCAGAAUAUUCAUACAGUUGCUGUCACUUAACUCAGGACUACUAAUACAAACGUGUAUUUUUUUGUGAAUAUGUUUAUUUAUGUACAUUGUUGCAAUAUGUGUUCAUUAUUAGCUGAAGUCCGAACUUAGUUUAAGUGUGAUCAAGUUUGGAUUAACAAUAGUGCAUAUAGUCAGUAGGAUCACACACAGGUGCAAGCUGGGUCUCUUAUGGUAUGGUCUCUCUUAUGCUCUUCCUUAUCUUCUUUAUGCUCUCCCUUAUGCUCUUUUUAUGUUCUCCCUCUUGGUCUUCUUUAUGCUCUCCAUCAUGCUAUCCCCAUGCUCUUUACUGUUUUCCUCAUGCUCUCUAUCAUACUCUCCCUCAUGCUGACAGGCAGCAUGAUAGCAGUGUGGGAGAUCUGCUUGUUCCAGACUCGGCACCAUUCUGCCUGCUGGCCUGAAAUUCUCCCUAGCAACCCUUGCGGCACACCCUUACAUAACAACCUUGAAAAUAAUAAUAUAGUUCCUCCACCUGCUGGAAAUAUCGGCAGAUUUUUAAUCAAAGUUCAAAAGCCAGUUAAGCCCUGAGGAUCUAUCUUGAUGUGAUCCCCUCUACCUCUGUUGGUCAGUAACAUCCGCAUUCCUAAGAAACUCUCACAGAGAGUGGUUUUAAAAUACUGUGUAUACUGAGCAUGUGAUACGGCCAAGCAGAGCGGAAGUGCCCCUUUGUGUGGUCCUCCUUAUAGAUUUAUCACAUGUGUAAAUAUAUAUUACAUAUACAA